CCGUCACGCAGAGAUUUCCUACUCUCCGAGACUCCCCCACCACACGCAGAGAUUUCCUCCUCCCCAAGACGCCCCCACCGUCGUGUCCGUCACGCAGAUAUUUCCUCCUCCCCAAGACGUCCCACCCCACAUGCCCGAGUCGUCGAGGCAUACUCCUGCCUGGCUCCGACAUCCACGCACAUCUCCAUCUUGCCUCGGCGUUGUCCUCUCGCCAUGCCGCAGCACACGUCCGCAGCGACGUCCAUCUCGGCGCCGGCCUCGCGCACCGUCUAUAGCUCCCUUCUAGGAGUUGUCUCACCGGCGAUGGCUCCCGACUCCGCUCCUCCUCUCAGUUCUCCCUCCACGUUUCACCUUCUCUCCCUUCCUCUUCGAGCAUCGUCCUCCUCGCCUAGAUCCGGCAGUCACGCCACACACUGUCUCUCUGUCUGUACAUUUGGAUCUGUUAGAUCUGUGAAUAGAAUAUUGCCGUUUCUUUUUCUGUGGUUUCCUCGCAGAUGAAGGAUGUGAUUCUUCCUCUUUGUUGGGUCCCCACAUUUCCUACCCCACCUACUAUCGCUCCUUAAAAUUUGCACCAUCUGUUGCUGAUCCUAAUUGCCACCGGGCUGGUUGGUUGGUUGCAAGCAGGGAGGGGCUGGGAGAGCGCGACGUGCAGUCGUCUACCAUAACUUCCUGGUAAGCAAUGCCACCACCACGACCUCUCCGUCUAUGCACGCUUCCUCUUCUGUUUAAUGUUCUUCGCGUCAUCUCAUUCUUAUGACUGAGUUUGAUAGAAUCGUGAGAUGUGUGGUAGCACAUUUGGAUAUGUGAAUAGAAUAUUUUUCGUUUAUGUUUCUAUGGUUUCUUGGCAGAUGGAGGCGGAUACAUUCACGAUAUGUGAAUAGAAUAUAUGUCUGGCGAGUAACAAAACCCCACCCACUUACAAGCAUUGAUAUUCUAUUUUUUACAUUUACUGGAUGCGAAGAAACAAAUGUGCUACAUGCUUAGUAGAUCCUUGAAACUCACGUGGACAUGGUGAAUGCGUCUGCAUUCUAUAGUCGGUGUCAAAGAAAACAGGGUCAUUUUUAGAUGUACCAAUAUGUGUAUGUGGUAUGUAUAGUUCGUAACUUAUUUGUUUUAAAAUGUUCCACCUUUCUGGAAAAAAUAUUCUCUCUGUCUAUAAAAAAAUAUAUGAUUCUGAUUUUGAGAAUCUUAAUCAAGUUGACAUGGAUGGACUAAUAAUGGACCAGCAAGUUAGCUUGCUUGUGGUCGGGCAAGAUGUUUUCAAAUCAAAAGCUAAGGUAAUAAUAUGUACUUGUACUUUUCAAGUGUCUCCAUAGGUUAAUGUAUAUGACAUCAGCAUUUACUUCAUAAGCAUGUUUGAUUUGGUCUUCUAGGUGGGUUCAGUUUGAACAACCCUGACCCAUACCUCUUGCAAGGAUGCAUAUAGCCUGCUUCAGAACUUGCACAUAAGGUGACUUCUGCUCAUGGAUAUCCUGUUAGAUACAAGCAACCUUUCCAAGUAGUGUUCAGAGCAGGUGAAGGGAAGCAACCUUACAUCCAGUAGGCCUAGCUCAACAAGAAAUGUUAUGAAAAAGAGCCCACCGUCUAUCGUGGUGAAGCUUUCUAAAAGCAGAUAGCAGUCAAACUCGAUACACACGUUCAUCUGCCUCAGCAGCUAUUAGUUUGCUUGUUGCACAUGUUGGAGAUUCUAGAGCCAUUAUUUUCAAAGGACAGGGUAAGUUUAUUGUCGUAACACGGCAUAUCUCAGUGUCCGUUCCUAUGCUUCCACUUGUACCAGAAACUUUCUAUAUGAUGUGUAUUUUCCUAGACGAGUUUUUCCCAUGAAAAAUAGAUAUAUUAG